CUUUAGAAACUUCCGGUCCAAAUGUCGAAAAUUCAGGCACGGAUUUUAUUUUUCGCCAAAAGUCGUGAACUGAGUGGACAGAGGGAUUCUCAAAUAACUCUGCCUAACAGUAUCACUGGACUCCAACUUCACAAAUUGGUUCUAGAUACUUUUACAAGCUUGCAACCAUUGGCGGAUACAUUGAUACUUGCCCUCAAUGAGGAGUAUAUUGAAAAGGAUGAGCAACUCUUGGAUUUGAAAGAGGGCGAUGAAUUAGCAGUGGUGCCACCUAUAAGUGGAGGCUAAUACUAGUAUUGAAAUUGAGUGACAGAAUAUCAAAAUAGUUCAGUUGUAUAAAUGCAAAAUUAUAUUACAACUGACAGAAACACAACUGAGUAUAUAAAUAUAUAAAGGCUAUAUAUAAUACAACUAAUCUUCCUUUAAUCAUAACUAUACAUGUACAUGUAAGUGUAUAUGCAUCUUACUUGUGUCAUAAACUGUAAACUUAUGAAAAGACAUAACAAGCAUGGAUAUCAUUGAGAUAACAGAGGAGUCUCUGGAUGGAGAGAAACACCUGGAGAUUGUCAGACGAGUCACCCAACCUAACACUGGGGCUACCUCUAUAUUCAUGGGAACGACGAGGGACUUCUUUGAAGACAAGAAAGUUAUUAAACUUGAAUAUGAGGCUUACGAAUCAAUGGCAAAGAAAGAACUAAAGAAAAUCUGUGAACAAGCUAGAGAAAAAUAUGCAGUAGAAAAAAUUGCAGUAUUACAUCGAUUAGGUGAGGUACCAGUAUGUGAGACUAGUGUGCUAAUUGUGAUAUCUGCCCCACAUAGAAAUGCUGCCAUUGAUGCAACAAAGUUUGUGAUUGAUACUUUGAAAGCAACUGUUCCAAUAUGGAAAAAGGAAAUCUACGAAGACGGUUCUUGCAACUGGAAAGAAAAUAAAGAAUGCUCCUGGACAGGAAAAGACUAGCACUCAAAAGUCAUAGUUGAAAAUGGACUAACAUGCUUAACUAAAAUGCCACAAACAGAACAGUAAUAUGUGCAAUGGCCAUUAAGUUGCUUUUAUUUCUUUAAAACUCAUUGCUGAGUACUCCUAAGCAAAAUGUCAAUCCAAUACAGUGAUCUCCCCAGGAUUUUUUUCUCAAGUGGGUGCAAAAUUUUCAUUUUCACAAUCCAGAUCAAGAUUGGUCAAAAUAUGCCAAUUUUUCAUGAUUUUUCUCAUUUUCAAGUAGGUGC